AUGUAUCUCAUGUACUACGACGACGACCAGGGCAACAGGGUGUACACUCUCAAGAAGGUGGGGCCCGACGGCACCCCCACCAAGAGCGCCCACCCGGCGCGCUUCUCCCCUGAUGACAAGUUCAGCCGCGAGCGCGUGACCCUCAAGAAGCGGUUCGGCAUCCUGCCCACCCAGCUGCCGGCGCCGGAACUUUGA